AAGUCAGCUGCCUCCUGCAUUUUCACAGAAGACCCCAAGUCCAGCCACCGCUUUUCUCCCUCCACCAUGUCUGACCAGGAGGAUGAGGAUGAUGAGACUUGUUGGUACAACCUGGAAAGCUUCCGUGUGGAACUGAUUUCAGUGAUCGACCCUUCCAGAAUAACGCCUUACCUCCGGCAGUGCCGAGUCAUAAACCAUGACGACGAGGAGCAGAUCCUAAAUGAUCCCAGUCUGGUGCUCAGGAAGAGGAAAGCAGGGCUUCUCCUAGAUAUUCUCCAGAGGAUGGGCAAAAGGGGGUUUGUGGCUUUCCUCGAGAGUCUGGAACUCUACUACCCGCAUCUCUACAAGAAAGUAACGGGCAACGAUCCCGCCCGGGUCUUCUCGAUGAUUAUAGACACGGCGGGGGAGUCCAGCCUGAUGGAGCUGCUGAUGAGCGAGGUCUCAAAGCUGCAGGGGGCCAUCCGAGAAGAGAGGCGGAAGGUCCAGGAGCUGAGCGUGGCCCUCUGCACCAAGGAGGAUGCCAUCAGGGAGAUGAGGGUGAAGGACAGCGUCCUGCGCAAGUACCAGGAGCGGGCACACAAGGUGAAGGAGGAGAGGGACGCCCUUAGCAGGGAACUGAAGCUCUGCCGAGAUGAGAACUAUGAGCUGGCCAUGAGCUAUGCCAAGCAGAGCGAGGAGAAGAACGUGGCACUGAUGAAGAAUCGGGACCUGCAGCUGGAGAUUGACUCCCUGCGGCACAGCCUGAUCAAGGCGGAAGAUGACUGCGACCUGGAGCGGAAGCACACGCUGAAACUGAAGCACGCCAUCGAGCAGCGGCCCAGCCACGAGGCCGUGUGGGAAAUCCAGCGGGAGAAGGACCUGCUGUUGGCCAAGAACAAGGAGCUUGAGAGCACCCUGCAGGUCACCAAGGAAGGCAGCUCCGAGAAAGACGGGGUCUCCCCCCAGGCUCUCGAGGCCGAGUGGAGGCAGGCGCUGAAGGAGCAGCAGGAGCUGGUGAACACCAUCUGUGAUUUACGCCAAGUGCUCCAGAGAGCCGAAGACGGGCAGGAUAAACUUGUAGGAGAGAAGGAGCUGCUGGAACUGAGAUGCACUUGCUUGCAAAAUGAUAACCAAAUUUAUCAAGAUCGUAUCAAGGCCAUUUUAAAACAGCUGGAAGAGGUGGCUGCUGAAAGAGACCAGGCUCUCCUGACCCAGGAGGGGUACCAGAAGCAAUAUUCCCAAAGCCUGAGGGAUAAGGACAGCUACCGGAAGCAGAUCCGGGACCUCGGGGAGCGUUGUGACGAACUGCAGCUUCAGCUCUUCCAGAAGGAGGGACAGCUGCUGAGUGCCGAAGCGAAGCUGAAAAGGCUGUGCGUCGAUCCUUCCGCCCUGACUUCCGAUCUUGAGGAAAACUCAUCCCGGAGCUCUCAAGAGCUGGCUCCCCAUGGAAACCCAGAUGAAGACGGGAAAGGUGCCAAAGCAAGUAUGUUCAUCUGCCGCAAGGGAUCUUUUCUUUCUUGUUUAGAGGGGCAGGAGUGA